AUGGCCUCCGCUCAAGCUCCGGGCUCAUCUGCACCUUCAUCCAAUAUCAACUCACCUAUUAUACCUCCCAGCAAUGGCCCUCUGCUUAACGGCGCAAUCUCUGACCUUAAUUCGCGUUCCUCUCCAGCUCCAGGAAGCAACGCAUCAGUACAAGGGGAUGCCCGUGCAAAGCGGAACAAGCGUGAUAGUCGCAAGAAACGCGAAGCCAAAGGCCUCGACCUUGAAAGUGCACCACCACCCAAGAAACCUCAAAUCUAUCCAUUCUCCGUCCUCUCCUGCUCGCCGAACCGCGCUCCUCAGAUCGAUACCCCCCCACAUCCUCGCCAACUGAGCUACGUCACCAAAAAGUCCUCCGACGUGCUCGGCCAGAGCUGGGACUUUUACGAAGUCGUCGAUAAGCUCACAAAUAAGAACGGCUUCCGCUAUUCCUACGCCAUUGCCGACCCAGGCUUUCCCCAUAUUAAAUAUCGCCAAACGGACGUCCGCCCCUACCAUGCCCGAUUCAGUUUCGAGGACUCCCCAGCCGCCAUAUCCUUCUCGCAAGAUGCGACGGCGGUAACGACCAGCGAUGCGUGGCAUACAGCGCGCGCAAAUGUGUGCGCGAGAGAGGGAACAUACUACUACGAGGCGCGGGUGAUAAGUGGCGUUGUCAAUGAUCCACAGGCCGCUCUUCGACCCGGUGGUCCUGCCUCUUCAUCUCGUGGCCAUGUCCGGUUAGGAUUCGCCCGGCGCGAAGCAGAUCUCGACGUCAAUGUCGGAGUUGAUUGCUACGGAUACGGAAUUCGAGAUGUCAAUGGUGAAGUGGUCAAUCGGAUGCGCUGCGAGUUUUUCUUCCCCAAGGGCGAAGCUAUUAACGAAGGCGAUGUCAUCGGCAUGCUCAUUACACUACCGCCUUUAGCUACACACAAGAAGAUUGUCGAGGGAACCUAUGAUCCUGCCGUGGAUGGAGUUGGAGACGGUGCUGAUACCGCCCAUCCAUCCGCAGCUCCGGCCCCGGUCGCCUCCAAUAUAAUCCGAGACCGCAUCCCUUUUCACUAUAAGUCUGAUUUCUGCUGGCAGCAGUCGAACGUCUUUUCGACCAAACAUCUCCGCGACUACGCAUUCAACUUGAAGGAGACACCCACCUUUGGUCAUCCCUCUCCACUGAACAGUGAAGAUGCCUCCCUGCGCACACUUCCAGGCUCCAGCAUCACGAUCUUCAAAAAUGGAGUCAAGAUGGGAUCUCCAUUCAAAGAUCUUUAUGCAUUCCUUCCACCAGCCAGUCGUCUCGCGAACGGUACGAAUAACCUCGGCAUUGGCGAGCGUGAAAAUGCAGACGACGGUAUGAUCGGCUACUAUCCCGCUGUCAGCUGCUACGGCGGUGGCGCAGUCGAAUGUCGAUUUGAAGGGCCGUGGUGGGUAGGACCACCGGAGAAGACCGAGAACGGCGAGCCCAUCCGUCCCAUCGGCGAGCGAUUCAAUGACCAAAUUGUCGAAGAUGUCGUUGCUGAUAUCGUGGAUGAGCUUGAGGCAAUGUUUACAUGGGGUGGUGUGGAUGGCGAUGUCAUUGGUAAUAACAAUACGCCGGAUGGAACUGCCUCCGGCGCUGUUGGUGGCUCGGAGGUUCUACAAAAUGGUGUUGGGGCUGCACUUGAUUCUACAAUCCUUGCACCGGAGUCUACCUCGGCGCCUGGUGCUGCGGUGGCUUCUGAUUCCGCGGCGAAUAGUAACCAGGCUACCCCGGCUGCGAUUGCUGAUGUCUCUGCGGCUCCGGCGGUAGAUGGGACGAGUAAUGGGGUAGUUGGGACACCGACUAUCGGUGUAGAGAUUCCUGUUGCUACACAGGAUGAAGAUGUCGAGAUGACAUGA